AUGGUCUCCGAACACGUUUUUCAGCUUUGCCAAGCAACAGAGACCGUCAGCUCGGUGUACGCCCAGGACCCCACCCAAGCACCGGGGGAUAUCGUCAAAAAGCUUUAUGGACACCACAAGAAAGACCUUCAUUUUGACCCCGAGAAAAAGCGAGCAGAUCUCUCUACCCAUGAUUUGGAGAUUGCGUUCAAAUGCGGUCGCUGGGGACCAACGAAACCGAGUCCCCUCUUCCUCCAAGCGUUUGCCGACUCACUGAAUUGCUUGGAUGCUGAUCCAAUGUCCGGAUUGGUUUCUCCUCCAUUGAUGGGAUCUCAUGGAACGGUACCACUUACCGUCAUUGCACCACUUACAGACAUUAUUCGACAUUGUUCGAACUUGAUUGUCCGUGCUGAGAGAGAGGUGUUCUUCAUCACAUGUUCUUGGUCACCAUCGGUCGCUCAGAGACUUGUCAAAGAUGCUCUGAUAGAGCUUUCGAAACGUGCUGGGAGCAGAGGCCAAAGAGUCGUGGUCAAGAUGAUGUACGACAAGGCAGCAGCUGCCAACGCCAUUGAUGCCCAUCAAGUGGUCAAGGAGGCGGCAUACACUGGAAAAUCAAUCCAAUUACCAAAACCAGAGGAAAUUCCUAAUUUGGAUUUCGAGGUGAUCAGUCUUCACAGACUGGUCUUGGGAACGCUGCAUGCCAAGUUCUGUGUCGUGGAUCGGAAAGUGGCGGCGGUGAUGAGCAACAACAUGGAAGACAACGACAACGUGGAGAUGAUGACCCAUGUGGAAGGACCUAUUGUUGAUAGUAUCUACGAUACAGCGCUGAUAACUUGGAACAAUCACUUGAAUCCUCCUCUUCCGUCUCACGCCGCUCCAGCAACCCAAGGAGGUUUACCCACUUCCGGCCAAGAACCACUUUACAUGGAUCGAGGACCAGCACGAGGACAAGACCAAAUCGCAGCCGACGGACAAGCAGUUCGCCUCCCAGAGCACAUGCCAGAUGAUCCGCAUUACGAUGCCGAUCUCAGCGGCGAAAUUACACGUAUGCAAUCCUGCUACUCCAUGAAGCCCGACGAAACUCGACUCCAAGCCACAACCCGCCAACUCAAUCUCCCAUGCAAGAAACCCGCUCCUCCUUCCGGUCCCGAAAUCCCCGAAGGUCAAGAAAUGACUCCUUACAUCUCAAGCAUGACAUCCGCACCAGUUCCAAUGGCCCUCGUGUCGCGCCCUCCAUACGGCCCCGUCGACAAGCACAAUGUCUUCGUACCCCAGAACGAAGCCUGGCUGUCCUGCGUCCGCAAUGCCAAACGUUCAAUCUUCAUCCAAACCCCCGAUCUGAACGCCGCUCCCCUCAUCCCCGCUUUAGCAGCUGCCAUCAAGCGUGGUGUCGAAGUAACAUACUACGUCUGCUUCGGCUACAACGACGCCGGAGAAAUCAUCCCAGGUCAAGGCGGCACCAACGACCAAGCUGCUCAAAGCCUUGUCAAAGACGUCUCACACGAAGAAAGAAAAUUGUUGCAUAUCUACUACUAUGUAGGCAAAGACCAAGAUCACCCCAUUCACCAAAGCUUCAAGCAGAGAUCUUGUCACAUCAAACUUUUGAUCGUAGAUGAGCAUGUUGGGAUCCAAGGGAGCGGGAACCAAGAUACGCAGAGUUGGUAUCAUAGUCAGGAAAUCAACAUCAUGUUGGAUAGUGAGGAAGUAUGCAGGAAGUGGAGGGAGGGUAUUGAGAGGAAUCAAAAUACCAGGACGUUUGGAGAGGCGGCGGAGGAUGGGAUUUGGAGGGACAAGAAUGGGGAGCCGGGAGAGGGGUAUAUGGGCAAUCCUGGGAAGGUGGAGGGGUUGUUUAAGGGUGUUGGCGGAAUGUUGAAGAAGAUGAAGGAUAAGGGGGGUUUUUGA